GUAGUUGGUUAUAUUUCCUGUUCUUACUGCAGCGCCUGAACGUUUUCUGGACGCCGCGAACAGAAAGUUCGUUAAAUUUAUUUCUGUACAAAAAUCUUUAUUUAUUAAACAUUUAGUUUGUAGCGUUUCUGUGGUGAAUAAGCUGAGAUCUGGUGAAGAAAGGCUCUCUUUGGCGUUCGUACUUGUGGCAGAAAUCAGCUGAUCUUCUCAGCAUGUCUUUGCCCAAGAGGGAGGUGGAGGAGCUGCGGCCCUGGGUGGAGCGCACGGUGAAGAAGGUGCUGGGCUUCUCAGAGCCCACUGUGGUCACUGCGGCUCUGCACUGCCUGGGCAAAGGGCUGGACAAAAGGAAAACAACAGACCAGCUGAGGCCGUUUCUGGACGAGUCGGCGAGCAGCUUCGUAGAGAGGCUCUUCGAAGCGCUGGAAGAGAGCAGGAACUCUCGGGGCAACAAAGGCACGGUGGAGAAAAACCGCAAGAGAGAACUGAAGGAUGUGUUUGGCGACGAGGUGGAGAUGCAGAAAGAUCUCGAGGCAGGCGAAACGACAGGGAAGAGGAAGAGAGUACCUCGAUUCGAGGAGGUUGAAGAGCCAGAAGUUCUUCCUGGACCUCCUACAGAAAGUCCUGGCAUGCUCACAAAGAUGCAAGUAAGUAUAAAGGCAUCUCCAUUUUGUCCUAUUGCGAAGUGGAACCAAAAUCAUUGUGUUUCUGGUGAAAGUGUUUAGUUUCAGAUGAGGCACGAACACUGUCAAGGGUAAAGGCUACUAAAGAGGCUCAGCAUUAAUACAGUGCCUUGCAAAAGUAUUCACACCCACUGAAAGUUCCCACAUUUUGACGUUACAACCACAAAGAAAAAUGGAUUUUAUUAAAUAGACCGAACGAAAGUGGGAUGAAAAUUAUAAAUGGUGUCAAUUUUUAUUUAUUUAUUUUUUACAAAUAAAUGAGUGUGGUGUACAUUUGUAUUCAGCCCCUUUUACUCUGAUACCCCUAAGUAACAUCCAGUGAAACCUUCAGAAGUCACUUAAUGAGUAAAAAGAGUCACCAGUGUGUCAUUUAAUCUCAGUAUAAAUACAGCUCUACUGUGAAGCCCUCAGAAGUGUGUUUGAGAACAUUAGU